AUGGAAGAGUCAUCAUGUAGUGGAAACUCUGAAAUUCCAGAGGCCAAGUCGUCGAUGUCAUUAUUGUCAUCGGACUCUCAAGCUUCACUAAUUUCAUUCAAUAGGAGUCCAGCUGGGGUUUCGUGUGGGGCGCCCACAGGUGAAACGCCAAUGAGAUGGCAGGCCUGUAAGGCUGAAUUUCAUUUCGACAGCAAUAGCACACCAUCUAAAGGGUCAAUCGCACCUUAUGAAAACCCAACUCACAAACUGAUGCGUAAAAGAAGAAUAAUGAGAAAUACAUUAAGCGGCGCAAAGCCCCGCCUGCGCUCAACUCUUUCAGAAUCGACUUCAAAACUCGAUUUACUGGACGACCGUAACCUCACUAGCUUUCCGAUACCUCCACCGGUGGAGAUUCAAGAAAAGCAUUCCAAAUAUCCUGUUAACGAAAUAAAAAUAAGGGUGCAUGCCGACAACAGACGAAUAAGCUUUAAUCCCAAAAGUCCUUCUUCAGUAGAAAAUUCUUCUGAACAUCCAAUUGUGUUAGUGGAAGAUUACAUCUCUCAAGAUCUACCGCGACAUAAAUCCUCGAAGAAAAUGGUGUCUGUUUCUGAUUUAAAAACAAAAAUCUGCAAGAGAAAUGAUUCGAAGCUACCAAUCAAGCUUAGGAAUUAUCGCAAACUGUCUACAACGUCAUCUCUCACAUUAACGCCACACUUAUGCAACGACGAUUCCUUUGCCAAUAUGGGAAUGAUUGAUGAAAGUACUGAAGAAGAAAACGUGGAAAGAGAAUCUGCAACGACGGGAAGUACUGUGGUCCCUGCCUUAGAACAUAUUCUGGAAUAUGUUAUGAAAUCAAAUAAAUCGGAGGGACAGGACGAGUAUCUACAGGCCUCAGGAAUCGCACAGAAAAUAAAGCAAUGCGUCAUUUGUGAAAAAUCAUUGUACGAAAUUAGCUCAUUGAUUGAAGGGAAAGACUAUCGCGAGAUUGUAUGUGGAAGCUGCACUGUCAAAUAUGAGGAAACAGCAAAACUUCUUGAGGAUUACGAAUUCGAGACGUCGUGUGAUUCGGUUGACGACACAAGGAACUUUAGCAUAGAUAGUAGCGAUUUUAUGGAGGAACCUGAGGUCGUCGUGGAAAACACUAGUAAGCGGCUCAAAACGAACCAAUUUUCAUCACACUUGAUCAACAGGUUACAUCUCCAGUUACAGGACAAUCAGUCUGAGGAUUAUAGCUUUCAUCACCAUCCAAAGAUCGUUGACUCAUCAACCAUGGUAUGGUUUCUAGAGGCCAAGAGGAAAUUGAGAUGGAAAUGGAGAGUAAGUGGGCUGCUUCCGCAAUUUCUUGCGGGAAAAAGGAACAUUGCAUAG